AUGGUGUCCGGAGAUGAUGGCAUUGGCCCUCGAAAAAAGAGGAAGAUUACUGCUCAGAAAGCAGCUCCUUAUGUGCUUCGAUCUUUGUUAGACCAGGUGCCAUUAACCGCCGAGGACCCGCCAGCUGAUGAUGUCUACAUCACUUGUGUCGAGUACUGGAAUGAUAACCUCUACAUUGGCACUUCCGUUGCGGAGAUCCUCCAUUUCGUCUGCUUUCCGCCGGACCCGUCCGACAAGUCGCUCGAACCCUCCUUUAUCCUAGCCUCCAGACUGCCUAUACCAUUUUCGCAGAACUCCCAAUUCGCUGCAAAACAUCCUGGAAUCCAGCAAAUUGUUCUACUUCCCUCUGUCAACAAAGCAUGCGUGCUUUGCAAUGGGACCGUCACCUUCUAUCAUCUGCCCGAGCUCAGUCCAGCCUUUGGCAAUACGAAAGUCAACAAUUGUCGCUGGAUUGGGGGUCUAGACUUGAAUGCAGAUGGCAAUGACAACACCAAUCCGGUGGUUCUGAUUGGGGCGCAAAGCAGAAUGAUGUUGGUGCGAAUCGGCGAGGAUGCUCGGCGCGUUCGGAACAUCGAGUUUCCUGCUUGUCUCAUGGCAUCGCGAAGAGGAAGCAUCGCGUGUGCGGCCGAUUCAUACGCUUAUUCAUUGCUCGAGGUGGAACAUCAACAGAAGAUACCUUUAUUUCCCAUUUCCUCAUCGAAUGAAGUCUUUGUAUCAGGCCAUGUGGAGGAUAUGCCUACAGCUUCGUCUCCGCCCCCGCACAGCGGAGGCGCACAUGGGAGAAGCUCCAGCUCAAAUACUCUGGUUGGAAUGCUCCAACCAAAUCCGCCGUCCUUUCAGCAGAAUCGGUCACGCUCUGCGACACCCGAACUUUCUCUCGACUCCGGGACUCCACGACGGUCAAUCUCGCAGGAUCGGAGUCGAAACGCAUCGCCACGGACAUCAUUCGAAAACCAGUCAGCGGAACCACAGGCUGGCGCUGUCGGGGACAAAAAGCCACUUCCAGCAUUGCCGAAACAGACCGUGACGCACUUGAAACCGCACAUCGUUUCUCCGACGCCAUCAGAAUUCUUGUUGAUUACUGGAACAGAAGAGAAAGAACCAGGAGUGGGGAUGUUUGUCAAUCUAGAUGGUGACGUUGUUCCCCGAGGCACGCUCAAUUUUCACAGGUACCCUGAAUCAGUUGUCAUUGACAGAGGGGAAGAGAACAACCUGAUGCAAUCGCCUGGAGACACGCAUGAUGAAUUUGUUCUUGCGGUCAUAGAGAUGGAGCAAGAAGGAAAAUGCGGUAAAUGGCUAGAGGUGCAACCGUGGGAUGUGGAUCCAAGAGAAGAAGAGAAUCCCAAGAGUUGGGUAGAAAUACCUUUCACCGAAGGGGUGCUGUCUUGCCCUGUGGGCAUCUGCCAUACAUUAAGCUCUAGCCAGCUCGAAAUUGAUGAAGUGGGGAAAUUACUACAGAUGGUUCGACUGAAGACACCCUCUCUUUCUCCUCAUAUACCGGCGACAGACCCAAGGACUCAGGCAUCGAUCGAGCAGCUCCAGAAGGAGAAGGAACUCUUUGAGUCACAAGAGCUAACGGACACUGAAGGGUCCAAGAAAGGGGACGGAACAUCGGAACGAGGAUGGGAGGCAGAGCGUAACAACGAAGAAGCCAUAUUUGCCCGGGCUCUGGGUCAGACUAAGAGCAGCCUAAUACUGUGGUCCGGCAAUCGAAUCUGGAGAGUUGUUAGGAAUCCAUUAACGACCCAGCUGAAUGAUGUUUUGCAUGAAGCCCAGGGAUCCAAAGACCUGAUGUACGCAGAUUUGAAGAGGGACAUGAUUAUGCAUGUAUUUGAACAGGUCCAAGUCGCCGAACCGCGCUCAGAAGCUGAGUUUCUAGGCCUAAACUUUGUGAAACAGAAGUCAAGUCUCCUUCUCUUUGGCGAUCUGAUUUUCAUGGGCUCAGAUGCCAGGGAUGAGUCGGCUAUCAAUACUACGGAGCGGGUGCUGAUCGAUGGAGGCUUGGAUCCUCGAGUCAUCUUGUUGUUGAUCCCAAAAUUGCGACAUGAGGCUCUACAAGGCCCGCAGGGUAUUUGGGCUCAUGGCGGCCUGGCGCAGGCUGCAGAGAUCUACUUACAACGCCUAGAGAAGGCAGAAAAGCAGUCCAAGGAAUUGAGUGCACUUGAUACCGGAGUCUUGGACAUGAUCAAACGCUUCCUCUUGUCGUGGCAGCAGAAGAGGGGUUAUGGCAGCAUCACGGACGAGAUCUAUGUGUUCGAUAGCGUUGAUGCGGCUCUCCUGCAUCUGCUCCUGGAACGGGAAUCCAUAUUGCUAGCAGAGCAGAGCCCGGUCUCAUCGAUCCGCUCAGAGCUAAACAAGCUUGUCGACACCUGGAAGGGUAACUUCGACCGGGCAGUAACAUUAUUAGAGAGUUAUCACCGGCUUUACCUCCUUAGCCGGCUGUAUCAAAGUCAGAAGAUGUCGCGAAAUGUUCUCAAGACGUGGCAAAGAAUCAUUGAAGGCGAGGAGGAUGUGGGUGGAGAGGUGACUGGCCCAGGUGUUGAAGCUCAAAUGCGCAGAUACCUGGUCAAGAUCAAAGACGCGCAGCUUGUUGAGGAAUACGGAUCGUGGCUUGCGGGACGCAACCCUGACCUUGGUAUCCAAGUCUUUGCAGACAACACUAGCAGAGUCAAACUCGAGCCAGCGGAUGUUGUGACUGUGCUCAAGGAGCGCGCGCCGAACGCAGUGCAGGUGUAUUUGGAACACCUCGUUUUUGCGAAGAAUUACACCCAAUAUGCGGAUGAUCUUCUUUCCUACUAUCUAGAUACCGUGCUGUCGGUCCUUGAAACCUCACCUGCCGCUCGAGAGUCUCUCGCAGAGUCUUACAGCACCUACCGGGCGCUGCGACCGCCCAAACCGACGUACAUGAACUUCAUCACGGAGAACACACCGUCGGAACCGUGGUGGCAAUCACGGCUUCGGCUGCUGCAGUUGCUCGGCGGCGGAAGCAGCAGCCAAUUUUCCUCGAUGCCGCCCCCUUCGAAACUGACAUACUCGAUCCCCGCAGUCCUUGCGCGGAUCGAACCCUUCCAGAACGAGCUUGUCUCGGAAUCCGUCAUCCUGGACGGCCUCCAAGGCCGGCACCGGGAGGCCCUCCACCUGCUGACGCACGGACUCGGCGACUACGACUCCGCAGUACGGUACUGCCUGUUCGGUGGGCCUCACAGCGCCCACUCCACCGGGCCCGCAGUCGAGCUGGCCGACAAGGCACACCAGACGGAGCUCUUCCGGUACCUUCUCGACGAAUUUUUACAAAUCCAAGACAUCUCGGAGCGGAUCGAACGGACCAGUGAUCUGCUGGGGCGGUUCGCAGCGUGGUUCGACGUCACAGAAGUUCUGCGGCUCGUCCCCGAUGACUGGAGCGCCGAUAUCCUGCGCGGGUUCCUGGCGCACGUCUUCCGGGUCCUGGUUUCGCAGACGCGGGAGGCGCGCAUUGAGCGGGCGCUGAGCGCGAGCCUGAGCCUACGUGUGGGCGCGGAGUAUAUCUCGGGAAUGGAGAAGGCAGGGGCGUGGCUUGAGGAUGAUUCGGGGGUAAGGAGGUUGAAAGACGCCGGUCCUGGUGCGGGUGCAGCGGACCCGGACGCCAAUCUGGCUUCCGGCGCAGGGCAGGUGGUUGAGGACACGAGUGAGUUUGGGGAUAUGGUGGUUCCUGAACAGACCGGAUCCUGA